AAAUAAAUUUAUCAAUGACUGGUAACGCCCGCAACAUCUAUUACUGUCUUUUGCGAACAGCUGUUUGUCAAAUACUGCUGUCACUUUUAACCUGCUAUUCGUCUCUUGUUUCUAUAAAUCGAACGAAAUUUUCUUGUGUGUUGUUAAAAUUGAUCAAAAACAGGAGAGAUGGCAGGACGUGAAGCUGUAAGAAAAGCUGUGCAACAGGUGCGUCCCAUCUUGUCGUUGGACCGUGAGGAGGCGCGCAAACGUGCACUCAAUCUCUACAAAGCCUGGUAUCGGCAAAUUCCUUAUAUUGUCAUGGAUUAUGACAUCCCCAAAACGGUGGAACAGUGCCGCGCUAAACUGCGUGAAGAAUUCGAAAGGCAUCGUAAUGUGACUGAUGUGCGCGUCGUUGAUAUGCUUGUCAUAAAGGGUCAAAUGGAGCUGAAGGAGACAGUAGAAAUUUGGAAGCAAAAGGGACACAUAAUGCGUUACUGGAAGGAAAGCCAAGAUCCCAAACCCACUGACUUCUUGUCGAAAUUCUUGCAAGGUGUGAAUUAGUGAAAUCGUUUAGUUAAUCUAUUAAAAUAUAUGAUACAAUUUCAAACACGAUGUUGUCAGAAUUUGGCAUAAUUACUAUAUAAAUGUUGGACGACAACUUAGUAAUUUAAAAUAAAAUGCGAAAUUUAACAAACAUAA